AUGUCUGCGGCAGUGGCAUCAGCAGAAAAGAUUGGAAGUCUAGAUCCUUAUUAUGCCUCCAAAAUUGGAGAGCUCAGUGAGACGGUUCAAGAACGUUUGGCUGAUUUGCAACGUCUGAAGGCUCGUCGUAACGAAUUGAAUGCCAAGGUGCGAAUGCUCCGAGAAGAACUGCAUCAUUUGCAAGAGCCGGGAUCCUAUGUUGGCGAAGUCGUCAAGCAAAUGGGACAAAACAAGGUGCUAGUAAAGAUCAAUCCAGAGGGAAAGUAUGUGGUUGAUCUGGAUCAGACACAAAUAGAUAUCAAGGACUUGGCUCCCAACACUCGAGUUGCCUUACGAAAUGAUUCCUACACCUUGCACAAGAUUCUGCCAACCAAGGUCGAUCCUUUGGUCAGUCUCAUGAAGGUGGAAGCUGUUCCAGAUUCAACAUACGAUAUGAUUGGUGGUCUAGAGAAGCAAGUUAUGGAAAUCAAGGAAGUCAUUGAGCUUCCAAUCAAGCAUCCAGAACUGUUUGAGAGUUUGGGAGUGGCUCAACCCAAGGGUGUCUUGUUGUAUGGACCACCCGGAACAGGAAAGACAUUGUUAGCAAGAGCAGUGGCCCAUCACACAGACUGUACCUUUAUUCGCGUUUCGGGAGCUGAAUUGGUGCAAAAGUAUAUCGGUGAAGGUAGUAGAAUGGUCCGUGAACUCUUUGUCAUGGCUCGCGAAGCCGCCCCUUCCAUCAUCUUUAUGGAUGAAAUUGAUUCCAUCGGUCAAGCUCGUGGGGGUGCUGGAGGUGGUGAUUCUGAGGUUCAAAGAACAAUGUUGGAACUUUUGAAUCAAUUGGAUGGUUUCGAACCAGCACAAAACAUCAAGGUGGUCAUGGCUACCAAUCGUAUUGAUAUUUUGGAUUCUGCCCUUCUUCGACCCGGAAGAAUUGAUCGUAAGAUUGAAUUCCCCAACCCUAAUACUGAAAACAGAAUGGCCAUUAUGAAGAUUCACUCCAGAAAAAUGAACUUGUUGAGAAAUCUUGAUCUUGAAGCCAUUGCCGAAAAGAUGAACAAUUCCAGUGGUGCCGAAUGUAAGGCUGUCUGUACGGAAGCUGGUAUGUUUGCACUAAGGGAAAGAAGAGUGCACGUGACACAAGAAGAUUUCGAAAUGGCUGUCGCAAAGGUCAUGAAGAAGGAUGGAGACUCGAACAUUAGUUUGCAAAGACUGUGGAAGUAA